AUGAUCGGGAAUGCCUGUUGGGAGUUGUACUGUCUGGAGCACGGAAUUCAACCGGACGGGUGCCAACCGAAUGAGCACACACUGCGUGGCGCUAUGGACAACUCGUAUCGCACUUUCUUCAGUGAGACAGCAACCGGAAAAUAUGUGCCACGCGCGGUGAUUGCCGAUUUGGAACCAACUGUGGUGGAUGAAAUUCGUACCGGCGCGUAUCGGGAACUGUUUCAUCCAAAUCAGCUGAUCAGUGGAAAGGAGGAUGCCGCGAGUAACUUUGCUCGUGGACGAUACACAAAAACCAGUGAGAUGUUACCUUUAGUCAGUGAUCAGACUCGUCGAUUGACCGAGCAGUGCGAUGGCCUACAAGGAUUUCUUAUUUUUCAAGCAUUCGGUGGCGGUACAGGAUCCGGAUUUGCCAGCAGUGUCAUGCAACGUCUCAGCCGAGAUUAUGGGAAGCGGGUGAAGCUGCAAUUCUCCAUAUAUCCAGCUCCACGUAUCUCACCGGUGAUUGUGGAGCCAUACAAUGCAGUCUUGAUGACUCAUGCCACACUGGAACACAGUGAUUGUUCAUUUCUCUUCGACAACGAAGCUAUCUACGAUAUUUGUCGACGAAAUUUGGACGUGGAACGACCAACAUUCACAAAUUUAAAUCGUCUGAUUUGCCAUGUGGUGAGCGCUAUUACGGCUUCCCUUCGAUUUGAAGGAUCAAUCAAUGUCGAUCUGACCGAGUUUCAGACAAAUUUGGUCCCCUAUCCGCGUAUUCACUUCCCCCUCACCGCAUAUGCUCCUGUACUGUCCGCAGAGAAAGCUUAUCACGAACAGUUGACGGUUGGUCAGUUGACAAGCGCAUGUUUUGAACCUGCCAAUCAGAUGGUUCAAUGUGAUCCUCGUCGGGGCAAAUAUAUGGCAUGCUGUUUGCUCUACCGUGGUGACGUGUCUCCAAAUGAUGUUAACUCAUCAAUUGCUUCAAUAAAAACGAAACGAACUAUCCGAUUUGUGGACUGGUGCCCCACCGGAUUCAAGGUAGGCAUCAACUAUCAACCGCCAACUGUGGUUCCCGGUGGGGAUUUAGCCAAAACCUACCGAGCGGUGUGUAUGCUGAGUAAUUCAACAGCCAUUCGACGAUCGUGGGCCCGUUUGGAUCACAAAUUCGAUUUGAUGUAUCAUAAACGAGCUUUUGUACACUGGUAUGUCGGUGAGGGAAUGUCCGAGGACGAAUUCAGCAGCGCCCGUGAAGAUCUCGCAGCACUUGAACGAGACUAUUUGGAGGUUGGUUAUGAUUCGACGCCAAAAGAAAGUUCGCGCUAA